AGGAGAUGGCCAGAUUUGUUGACAACUACCCUGAGUACAAAAAAAUGCAAGGCAACGUCUCAAAGCAUGCAACCCUGGUUACUGAAAUGAGCAAGCUAGUUGAAGCAAGGAGACUGAUGCUGGUUUCACAAACAGAGCAGGACUUGGCUUGCAAUGGUGGCCAAGGAGCUGCAUAUGAGGCUCUUUUCAUGCUUAUUUGCAGGCAGUUACUGAUCUCUUAAAUAACGAAAGUGUGUCUGACAUCGACCGGCUACGUUUGGUAAUGCUGUAUGCUCUGCGCUAUGAGAAAGAGAAUCUCGUUCAGUUGAUGCAACUGUUCAACAAAUUGGCUUCACGGUCUCCCAAGUACAAACCAGGGUUUAUACUUGGGGUUGCAUUUUUUCAUAUCAUAACUUUCUGGAUGUCACACAACCGCAGCAGCUGUUCAGUUUCUAUUGAAGCAAACCGGUGUGGAGAAGCGUACUGGUGAUCUAUUUGGAAACAGAGAUCUUAUAAAUAUAGCACGCAACAUGGCUCGUGGACUUAAGGGGGUUGAGAUGGACAGCAUAAUCAGAUGGAGAUUAUGAGAUGUGGACUACGGUCACUACCCUUCUGUUGGAGAUCCAUGAUAGACAUCUAAUCUCGAGUGCAGAUCUCCCUAUUACCUUUUGUUGUACUUCGAAGCUGUAUCGUUUUCUUAUUGGAUUGCUAGUUCCGUGAGUUAGAGAUAUGCAAACUCUAUCAUUGGUGCGGUGAAACUGUCUCGGAUCUAACGCGAUGACGAGGAAAUUGGAUGAAUCGGUGUUGCGAGUUGAGAGAAUCCAUGAAUUUGGCGAUGGAUUUACUGGAGGUGUUAAGUUUCGCGAAGGUUAUGGAAGUCACCGAGUUUACAGAUAUGACGCGAGCUGGUUGCAGACUGCUUCGUCGGCAGUCUCCGUCUUCUCCGAUCAUUCUGAAUCGAUGUUUCGGAGCAAACGAAUGAGCAGUUUUCAUUCUCAGGUACAAGAUUCAUACCUGGAACAAAACCGGAGGAAUUUACCACUAGGUUAUCGAUCUGAGAAUGUUUUAGCUAAUGAUGAGAAUGUUCCGGAAAGUGUUACACCUAUGUUUGACGGAACUAAUCCAGAUUCUUGGAUUGAGGAAGUGGAGAGGUUCUUUCGCCUUUUUUGUGAUGAGGAGAGAAUGGGAUUGGUAUUUCUGUGUUUAAAAGGCCCUGCGUAUAGGUGGUUUGCUUGGGAGACGGAAAGAAGGAGAAUCACGGAUUGGAUUGGUUUUAAGUGCAGAGUAUUGGCUCGAUUUGGCCAUGUUCGGAGUUGUUCUUCAGUUGAAAUGCGUGUAGAAGAGGACUCAAGUUUUCGCAGUGGAGCUAUUCAUGGAAUAUUAAUAGAGAAGAAAAUAGCACCACCAUUUGUGGAGGAAGUUGUUGUGAUGCAUUUGUCUAUGUUUGAUGGAGCUAAUCCAGAGAGUUGGAUUGUGCAAGCUGAUCGGUUCUUUGUUCAUUACGAAGAUGAUGCAAAACUUGACCUCAUUUUUCUGUACUUAAAAGGUGAUGCGUAUAAGUGGUUUUUGGAUGAUGCGCAGACAGAGAUUCAAGGAUUGGAGUGAUUUUAAGAAGCAAUUGCUAGCUCGUUUUGGUCCUGCUAUGUGCUGUUCUACAGUAGAUGUGAAUGUGAAGGAUGAAUCCACUGUGCUCAGUGAAGGUGUUCAUGAGACAGAAGUAGAGAAGCAUAGCACAACGGUGGAAGAAGCUUCUUUAACCUCUGUUGCAAAAGUACACCAGAAAGAUUUGGUUUGUGAGAUUGUUCCUGAAACAGAUAUGGUGAAGCAGACAGUAACUGUGGAAGUGAAUUUGACAGAAGAAUCACCUUUUAGGAAUGAAGAUGUUUCUGCUGAUCCUGAAACUGAAGAGACAAAUCCAUAUGUGGAAGAAGUUUCGAUGAGCUCUGGGGACUCUCUUGUCCAUGCGUUAUCUUCACCAGAAAUAAUGUCAAAGAAAGAUUUAUUUCCUGAGACUGGUCAUGAGGAAGAGCUAAGUGAGGAGACAGUAUUGACAGAGGAAGAGUUGAUUUUCUACGAGGAUUCACACGGGAUACAACUCGUACAGAGACAACAACUUCAAUGAGGGAGGUUGAUAGUGUUACUCAGAAUCAGUUGCUUCCGUUUCCUCAGGACGUUGGUAAUGCACUUGUACGGGUCAGCAACUUACGUUCGCUAUAUGGUUGUAGCAAUGUCAGUGAGAAGUCAGAAGCACACCAUGUGUUUCAGCAAAUGUUCUGUAGGAAACUGUUUCAACGGAGGAAGAAAUGGUUGUCAGCUAAAUCGUGGAUGUUCAAAUUCAAAGAAGGGAAGCACACUAAAGCUCUACCACGGUUUGUCCAUAAGCUGAUGGAGGAAUGGUUUAUAAUGCCACAGACAAAACUACUGAGACAGGAAAAUCUGUCGUUUGCAGAAGAAGGAAGUGGCGUUGAGGUCAAAGGUAUUUUUGCAAAAUUUAUACGCUUCAAGAAUGACUGGUUUCGUAUGAAUGUGAUGAAAGUUGCAGAACAUGGGAAGAAAUCUCAUGGUCUGUGGCAGUCUCACCGUGUUCACCAACAAGUUACUCACAAAGUGAGAAGAGUAAUACGUGAGCACCAGCAGAGAAGAUAUACAAAACUUGGAAGUUUAAAUACAAAUCAACAUUGUUGCGGCGGAGGCUUUAGAACCCUCAUGAACAGCUUGAGAUCGUGGAACUUCAAUAUGUGCCAUACAUCAGUUCUUACAUAAUGUCUGCAGCGGAUAUGGCAUACAGUGGUUUCCAGGGAACAGAAGGCCAGAGCAUAUGACGUUUUAUGUGAUCCAUUAUCAGCUUGUGUACGAGAGUAAGCAUGUCAACUCUACAUUGUGGCUUGCCCUGCAAACGAUUUUCUUCAGUAGGCAAUGGCGCACAAACUCAUACGACUUGAGGAUAAUAAAGUUGACCUGAGAGCCAUUGGAAGUCUUCCAAAAGAUCAGCAAGAGGUGGUUUUAUCAUCAGAACAAGAUGCAUUCUUCAAAUCUAACUUGUAGGAAAAUUUUGGGGAUAUCGGAAUGAACAUCAAGCGAAUGGUGGAUGACUUUCAGCAGGUGGCAAAGAGUAACGAAAAUAUCCAGACAGUAGAGGACAUGGCCAGAUUUGUUGACAACUACCCUGAGUACAAAAAGAUGCAAGGCAACGUGUCAAAGCAUGUAACCCUGGUUACUGAAAUGAGCAAGCUAGUUGAAGCAAGGAAACUGAUGCUGGUUUCACAAACAGAGCAGGACUUGGCUUGCAAUGGUGGCCAAGGAGCUGCAUAUGAGGCAGUUACGGAUCUCUUAAAUAACGAAAGUGUGUCUGACAUUGACCGGCUACGUUUGGUAAUGCUGUAUGCUCUGCGCUAUGAGAAAGAGAAUCCCGUUCAGUUGAUGCAACUUUUCAACAAAUUGGCUUCACGGUCUCCCAAGUACAAACCCGGGCUUGUUCAGUUUCUAUUGAAGCAAGCCGGUGUGGAAAAGUGUACUGGUGAUCUAUUUGGAAACAGAGACCUUAUGAAUUUAGCACGCAACAUGGCUCGUGGAAUUAAGGGGGUUGAGAAUGUAUACACUCAACAUCAGCCUCUUCUGUUUCAAACGAUGGAGAGCAUAACCAGAGGGAGACUACGAGAUGUGGACUACCCUUUUGUUGGAGAUCAUUUUCAACAGGGACGGCCACAAGAGGUGGUGAUAUUCAUGGUUGGUGGAACGACGUACGAGGAAUCGCGCUCUGUUGCUCUACAAAACGCCACCAACUCAGGCAUUCGGUUUAUUUUUGGCGGCACCGCAUUGCUCAAUUCCAAAAGCAUAAACACAGUAUACUACAUGGCGGCUUUUGCCACCAUGAUCCUUGCGAUACCGGUAUUACUACGGGAAGGCAACGGGAUUAUGAGCUGGUUUGAAGCACAUCCGUCUCCGUGGUCAGCCGUCAUCAUCAUCUUCAGUUCUGGUGUGUUAGCCUUCUGUCUCAACUUCUCCAUCUUCCAUGUCAUUCUCUCCACAACUGCAGUCACAUUCAAGGUAGCUGGAAACCUCAAGGUUGUGGUGGCUGUAUUGGUAUCAUGGUUGAUAUUCCGCAACCCAAUAUCGUAUAUGAAUGCUGUUGGAUGUGGGAUCACGCUUGUGGGCUGCACAUUCUAUGGAUACGUGAGGCAUAUGCUUUCACCUGGAACUCCUAGGACUCCUCGUACACCAAGAAACAAGAUGGAGUUGCUUCCUCUUGUUAAUAAUGAUAAACUCGUAGGCAAAGUCUACUCAGUAUUCACUAUUCACUGCUACGUUACCAGCAGUCCAAUCCUUGAUUCGGAGAACACCAUUUGUUUUUCUCCAAUCUGUUGAAGGAUACUCAGAGUCAUAUCUUGGCUGAUUCUGAUGAGCACGAGGCUGUACAACAAGUUCAGGGGGUUGAGAAUGUGUACACUCAACACCAGCCUCUUCUGUUUCAAACAAUGGAGAGCAUAACCAGAGGGAGUUUACGAGAUGUGGACUAACCUUUUGUUGGAGAUCAUUUUCAACAGGGACGGUCACAAGAGGUGGUGAUAUUCAUGGUUGGUGGAACAACGCACGAGGAAUGACGCUCUGUUGCUCUUCAAAAUGCCACCAACUCUGGCAUUCGGUUUAUUCUAGGCGGCACCGCAGUGCUCAAUUCCAAAAGAUGUCUAAUGGACUUGGAAGAAGCACAAAGGAUAUCAAGAUCAGGUAGCCAUAUGGUGUGAAGAGAUGUACAACAACAAAGUUUUGUGUAAAUUAGUCUACAUAUUAUGAUUAAAAAAAAAGUAUAGCACGGAGCAUAGAAGAACUAAACAUGCGUGUGUUAGCUACCAUCACUUGUGAGAGACAAUGAAAGAUUAAGAUUGUGGUCGAAUCUUUCGUGCACAUGACUACUAACUACUCAGAGAUCGAAUGGGGUUUGUGUGCGUAUUCAAAUCGUGGUACAGUUUAUUUGGAUUGUUCUUUCGUACAAACUAAUCAGGAAAUGUCAACUUCA